AUGUCGGUUAUAUUGGUUUCAGCAGGUUAUGAUCAUACCAUUAGAUUUUGGGAAGCUCUAACAGGAGUUUGUUCACGUACUAUACAACAUUCAGAUUCCCAAGUUAAUAGAUUACAGAUUACAAAUGAUAAAAAAUUAUUAGCCGCAGCAGGUCAUCAAAAUAUUAGACUCUACGAUAUAAAGACAACUAAUCCAAAUCCUGUAGCAUCAUUUGAAGGUCAUAAAGGUAAUGUUACCUCUGUUGCAUUUCAACAGGAUAAUAAAUGGAUGGUAUCAUCAAGUGAAGAUGGGACAAUAAAAGUUUGGGAUGUUAGAUCUCCAUCCGUACCAAGAAAUUAUAAACAUAAUGCACCAGUUAAUGAAGUAGUAAUACAUCCAAAUCAAGGGGAAUUAAUUUCUUGUGAUAGAGAUGGUAAUAUUAGAAUAUGGGAUCUUGGUGAAAACCAAUGUACUCAUCAAUUAACACCUGAAGAUAAUACUCCUUUGCAAUCAUUAUCUAUUGCUAGUGAUGGAUCUACUUUAGUGGCAGCAAAUAGUAAAGGGAAUUGUUUUGUUUGGAAUAUGCCAAAUCAUACAGAUGCGUCAAAUUUAAAACCUGUAACAAAAUUUAAAGCUCAUUCAAAUUAUAUUACGAGGAUCCUAUUAUCAUCAGAUGUAAAACAUUUAGCAACAUGUUCUGCUGAUAAAACUGCUAGAGUAUGGUCUGUAGAAGAUAAUUAUAAAUUAGAAUCAACUUUAGAUGAACAUCAACGAUGGGUUUGGGAUUGUGCUUUUAGUGCAGAUAGUGCAUAUUUAGUAACGGCUUCAUCAGAUCAUUAUGUUAGAUUAUGGGAUCUUUCAACAAGGGAAAUCGUUAGACAAUACGGUGGUCAUCAUAAAGGUACGGUAUGUGUAGCAUUAAAUGAUGUUUAA